CCAGAUUCUGUGUAAAGCCAAGCUUCUGAUAAAGAAUUCACUGAGCAUUGUACUAGAGCGAGAGAUGAAAGUGGCGUAUGAUGAUAUUUGGAUGGAUAUUGUAUAUAGAAAGCCACCAUGGACUUUGGAAGAUAUCUUGGACUGCUUCAAAAAACAUUGGAUAGCAGUGUUCGGUAUGAUAUACAGUAGAAAACUUAAGGAAGAGGUUCAUCGAUUAGUGGAGAAAUUUAAACCAUUCAAAGGUUUUACACCAUCGCUGGAGAACGUAGGAGAGUUAGUAGAUGAUGCUAUGAACAUUUUAGAGGAAUGUGAAGUCCACAGCAACUACGGUUUAUUAUUCAGUGAGGCUUUUGCUGAACUGAAGCAAGUACAGAAGUUUCAACGGGAAUGUGUUGAUGGUACGGUCAGUGGAACCAGUUUGGAAACCUACCUCAAAAGGAAAACAAUAUCUAAGUCAAAGAAGAGACUGUCCCUGGACAGUGAUGGGAAUACAUCACAGCCACUCCGACCAGACUCUGUAACCCCUCCGAGUAUGGCCUCCUCCCACACAUCACCUCAUGUUUCUGAUGAUGGCGUUGUUUGUCUGCAGCCUGUGGAGGACAGGUUUCGCACCAUUUGGCAGACCAUCCUGAAUCUCUGUGAUACUAUGAAGACAUGGGUUGAAUCGUCAGCUAAGGAACACCUGCAGGAAAUGAACGAUACUUUAAGUAAGCUGGUCCCGUUCGUCAAGGAUCUACGGUAUCAGUUUGAAUAUACUCUCAGCUUCUCUCCAACACAAAUCAAAUCCCAGCAGGCCUAUGUACACAAUAUGUGUAUCAAGCUCAACACAUUCUUCUCUACCAUGGAGUUACAGGAUAGUUGUGAGCCCGUUGAGGUUGAACAGGUACAACUCUACUUUGCAAGUGAAGAAAGAAGGACUAUGUUGAAGGCUGGCCUACGACAACUGGAUGAUAUGAUCCGAAGCUUAUUCACCUUUCUUCAUCUGCUACCAGACUGAGAGUUGCUACAUCGAAAGGCAGUUUUAGUGAUAUCAAAAUUGAACAAAUGUGUUACAGUUCUGGUUCUCGCAAAAAUGUGAACAAGAAUUAAAGAAUGCAACGAAUUGAGUAACCAGUAUUGUAAUACCUUGUGUAUAUCGCAGUGUCAUUGAAAUCCAACAACAAACUUGUAUUCAAAUGCAAAUGAAUCAAAUUGGAAUGUCUAGGGGAGAAUUUCAACAAUAAUCAGGCAGAAAGACAGAAGAAGGAAAAGAAGAAGGAGAAUUAUUAUAAUUAUCAGAGGACAGAUAGUAGGAGAAAGAGAAUUUCAACAAUUAUCAGAGAAGGACAGAAAGUAGGAGAAAGAGAAUUUCAACAAUUAUCAGAGAAGGACAGAAAGUAGGAGAAAGAAUUUAUCUGAGAAGGACAGAUGGUAGGAGAAAGAAUUUCAACAAUUAUCAGAGAAGGACAGAAAAUAGGAGAAAGAGAAUUUCAACAAUUAUCAGAGAAGGCCAGAAAUUAGGAGAUUGAGAAUUACAACAAUUAUCAGAGGACAGAUUGUAGGAGAUUGAGAAUUACAACAAUUAUCAGAGAAGGACAGAAAGUAGGAUAUAGAGAAAUACUGUCAUUACCAGGAAGAAACACUUAAGGAAAGAAAGUCAGAUUUCUUAUGUAGUAAAAUGUGCAUAUAUAAAGAACCUGGUGAGAAAAACCUAGUCACAAGAUAGAAAAGCAUUGAGAAAGAAUAAUUGUGUAAAAACUGUUGUAAAGUAAAUGUGCUGACAAAUCUAAAAGCAGAUGGAAGUUGCAUGAAAAUGAUAUUACCGUAGGUAGUGAAUCUUUUAUCAGUUGUUUCAGUGAUGAAAGUUGGUGGCUUUAAUUGUUGAAUUUGGUAUUU